AUUUUGACAGUCAAUCUGAUGUGCCCUGUCAAAUCGAUAAAUUGAUAUUGUUCAGUUUUCUAUUUAUUUGUUCACUAAAUUAGAGUUUUAAUUAUUAACGUAUGAAGUGAUUGCUCAUUUCUGCAUCGAAUUGCAUCAUUUCUUGAUCCCUUUUGGUCAACCAAAUUCAUUUCUAAUAGUAUAGUUGAAAAUGCAAGAUACACGACCUGAAUUGUACGAGGAAGUUAAACUUCACAGAAAUGCCAGGGAACGUGAAAAACAUGAUAAUAUGGCGGAACUGUAUGCAGUAGUGAGCACCUUACAGCAUCUAGAGAAAGCAUAUAUGAGGGACUGUGUAAGAGCACAAGAGUAUACUGCAGCAUGCAGUCGUCUACUUGUUCAAUACAAGGUCGCCUUCAAACAAGUGUCGGGGGAUGAGUUUCCUACCAUUGAGUCAUUUGUUACAAAAUACAGAUUAGAUUGCCCGGCUGCGUUAGAGAGGAUAAGAGAAAACAAACCAAAUUUGAUAAAGGAUGAUAAAGGAAACACAAAUAAAUAUAUUGCAGAAAUUGUUUCCUUGUUCAUAACAUUGAUGGACAAGUUGAGGCUGGAGUUUCGUGCGAUGGACAUGAUUCAGCCAGAGUUGAGGGACCUGCGUGAUACCAUGGAUCGUCUACUGAUGCUGCCUGAGGACUUCGAGGGCAAAAUUAAGGUGCAAGAGUGGGUGGACAGGUUGUCCGGUAUGUCUGCAUCAGACGAGUUGUCCGAGACACAGGUGAGGCAGUUACUGUUUGACCUGGAAACAUCGUACGGCGCCUUCAAUAAAUUCCUGCACAAAGACUAAGUACAGCUGAUUCGUCCGGUUUCAAGGUGUUGCCAUGUCUGAGGUCUCGGAUUCGAUUUCCGGUCGGGUACUUUGGCUCAAAAGUGUUGUGUCCAACGUUUAUAUUGUUUAUCUAACAUAUAAUAUAUUGUAUCAUAUGAUGUAAGUUACUCAAUUUAAUUAAUAUUAAUUAUUGUAAUAUACAACUUUAAAAAUUUC